GGUAGAAGGUGGAGUUGAGCAGCUCUUCCAGCCUGCGGGGGACGUCAUUCUCCUGGUAGUACGCCAUCGCCUGCUGCUUCAGCUUCUGCAGGUCCCUGGUGAUCCCACAGCCGCGGCCGCUGCCUUCUUCCCCCAUGAUGGAGAGUGUCGGUGUGUACGGAUUCUGUGGGUGCAAAGGAAAAAGCAAAGUGAAGUGCGAUUCAAGGCGGGAAAUAGCCACAGCAGAAACGGCUCCCACAUCUGCAUAUCCCUCUCCGGCCCGGAGUCUUGGGGACACAGGAAUCACACCUCUGUCCCCUUCUCAUAUCUUGAAUGAUGCUGACCCAGUCUCGGAAGAGCAGACGUUUCUGGUGGUGGUGGCCAUUGACUUUGGGACCACAUCCAGCGGCUAUGCCUACAGCUUUACCAAGGAGCCAGAAUGCAUCCAUGUGAUGAGGAGAUGGGAGGGAGGUGACCCCGGUGUUUCCAACCAGAAGACCCCGACCACUAUCUUGCUGACACCAGAGAGGAAGUUCCACAGCUUUGGGUACGCCGCCAGGGACUUCUACCAUGACCUGGACCCCAACGAGGCCAAGCAGUGGCUGUACCUGGAGAAGUUCAAGAUGAAACUCCACACCACAGGGGACCUCACUAUGGACACAGACCUGACAGCCGCAAAUGGCAAGAAAGUCAAAGCCCUUGAAAUCUUCACGUACGCCCUGCAAUACUUUAAGGAGCAGGCCCUGAAGGAGCUGAGUGACCAGGCGGGGUCGGACUUUGAGAACUCUGAUGUCAGAUGGGUCAUCACCGUGCCUGCCAUCUGGAAGCAGCCAGCCAAGCAGUUCAUGAGAGAAGCUGCCUACCAGGCAGGCCUGGCCUCCCCCGAGAACUCGGAGCAGCUCAUCAUCGCCCUAGAGCCCGAGGCCGCCUCCAUCUACUGCCGGAAGCUGCGGCUGCACCAGAUGAUCGAGCUCAGCGGCAAGGCGGUGGUCAAUGGGUGCAGCUCCAGUGACACAGUAGGAGCGGGGUUCACACAGGCUAAGGAACACGUUCGGCGUAACCGGCAGAGUCGGACCUUCCUGGUGGAGAAUGUCAUAGGAGAGAUCUGGUCUGAGCUGGAGGAAGGUGACAAGUACGUGGUUGUCGACAGCGGUGGAGGCACUGUAGACCUGACAGUCCAUCAGAUACGCCUACCAGAGGGGCACCUUAAGGAGCUGUACAAAGCAACAGGCGGACCCUAUGGAUCUCUGGGAGUAGAUUAUGAAUUUGAAAAGCUGCUUUGUAAAAUAUUUGGAGAGGACUUUAUCGAACAGUUCAAGAUCAAGCGCCCAGCGGCUUGGGUUGACCUAAUGAUCGCCUUUGAGUCUCGCAAAAGAGCCGCUGCGCCAGACCGGACGAAUCCCCUGAACAUCACUCUGCCCUUCUCCUUCAUCGACUACUACAAGAAGUUCCGGGGGCACAGCGUGGAGCAUGCCUUGAGGAAGAGCAAUGUGGACUUUGUGAAGUGGUCCUCCCAGGGGAUGCUGAGGAUGAGUCCGGACGCCAUGAAUGCCCUUUUUAAGCCGACCAUCGACAGCAUCAUCGAACACCUCCGGGACCUGUUUCAGAAGCCCGAGGUGUCCACGGUCAAGUUCCUCUUCCUGGUGGGUGGCUUUGCAGAGGCCCCCCUUCUGCAGCAGGCGGUGCAGGCUGCCUUUGGUGACAAGUGCAGGAUCAUCAUUCCCCAGGAUGUGGGCCUCACCAUCCUCAAGGGCGCUGUUCUCUUUGGCCUGGACCCUGCUGUCAUCAAGGUGCGCCGGUCUCCCCUCACCUACGGCGUGGGCGUGCUGAACCGCUACGUGGAGGGGAAACAUCCCCCCGAGAAGUUACUGGUGAAGGACGGCACCCGCUGGUGCACGGAUGUCUUUGACAAGUUCAUCUCCGCGGACCAGUCCGUGGCUCUGGGGGAGCUGGUCAAGCGCAGCUACACUCCCGCCAAGCCCUCCCAGCUGGUCAUUGUCAUCAAUGUCUACAGCUCCGAGCAUGACGAUGUCAGCUUCAUCACUGACCCAGGGGUGAGAAAGUGUGGUACGCUCCGCCUGGAUCUCACGGGGACCAGUGGCGCAGCGGUGCCUGCCCGCAGGGAAAUCCAGACCCUUAUGCAGUUCGGGGACACUGAAAUCAAGGCCACAGCCAUUGAUAUAGCCACCUCAAAGAGUGUCAAAGUGGGGAUCGACUUCCUAAACUACUAAUGUAACCACCCCUCCCCGCCACGAGCCCCCGGGACUCCUCUGCAUCCGCUGACCUUGACUGUUCUGCCCCUGACCUUGACCUUUGCCAUCGCCCACCUAAAUUUCAGUAGGAAAGAUGAGAACCAGGGAGAGAAUUAACUAAGGACUUUUUUUUUUUUUGUUGAGAGUAUAUUGGAAUCAGAAAAACUCAGAAAUUUAGUAUCAAGGUCUGGAAAUAGGAAGUUCAGGGAUCCUGGAGCAGCCAGCUCUCACAGGUUCCUGCGUGGUAAGACAGCCCCUGCUUGCCAUGCAGAGGACCCUGUGAGGGAGGACAUCUCUCUGGGUGUGAAGCAGGACCUUUGACCAGGAGGGGUCCUCCUCAGAGGUCUUUUUAAAUUACCUUGGACGGCAAAGGAUAGGAAGUGCCAGCUUCCUGCACUCAAUCUCGUCUUCUUGGUGACUCAGCGGCAACUUACAGUAUUUCUUUUACGCUGGUGGGAGAAGACUGCCCACACCGGGCACUAUUUUAGGUUCUCGUAUAAUUUAAAUUCCAAGGAGGCUCAAUGAAGGAUGGUUUUGGCUAACUCAACCAGGAUGGGGGGAGGGGCAGGGUGGAGGCAAGGGUGCCAAUACCUCCAUUUUCCAGAGCAGGUAAAGCUUCCUUUGGUGGGAAUGCACACUGAAGAGUUUGUGACUUACCCCACAUUACAACGGUCCCCUCUUAUCUGUAGAGGAUACACCCUGAGGUUCCUCAGUGGAUGCCCAGGGCCGUGGAUAGUACCAAACCUUAUCUAUAUACUAUGGUUUUUUUCUAUAUUUACAUACCUAUGAUCAAGUUCAAUUUAAUAAAGUAGUAAGAGAUUAGCAACAAUAACUAAUGAUGAAAUAGGACAACUAUGAAAACACUUUGAUAAAAUUUGUAUGAAUGUGGUCUAUCGCAGCAUAUCUUACUAUACUAUACUGUUACACAUUUUUGGACCACAGUUGACUGGGGUUCAUUGAAAACCCAGUAAAUGAAAAUACAGAUCAGAGGAUAAUUCUCAGAACAACAAACCUUGAGUUCAGAGGUCCUGCAUAAUCAUAGGUGAGUUUAGUAGGACAUUUGUUUGAGAAAAUGAAGUUUUUAUUUGCUCUGUUUAUAUGUAUCACCAAGCCCAGAACUCCAAAGCAACCCCCCCUACCUUGCUCACUAAAAAGGGCAUGUAAACCUAGACCUGGCAGAUGAGAAUAGCCUCUUACAAAGCAGGUCUGUGGCCCCCUUGCCUCAGAAUUGCCUGGGUGCUUGUCAGGAGCAGGUCUGAAUCUAACCCCUAAAGCCAGAGCUGACUCUGCAGAGACAGGACCUGCGUGUUUCGUGUUCGCAUGCGAGGAGUUCGAAACUGAGAUUUUGUCAGAGCUGAAGCGACCACAGACCACACAGUGUGGCCUCAAACCUUCCCGUCAGAGCCCCCUUAGGGAAGAGUGUGUGUACCCACACAACCAGGUGGGGUCACCCUUUUAGUCCUUACUGGAAGGGUCAGAGAAGGAAAAAGAUGUCACAGUAGGAACCCUGAGAAUGAAGCUGCCCAAUGAGCCAGCUAGGUUCUGUGUUCUCGCCUUCCCUCUGUGCAAAGCCAAAGCCAGUCUCGCCAACGUUCCAGAGCCAACCGAGGAUGAGGAACCGUUUGAUCUGUUCAAAGCUGCCUUUCUUACCUGCUGGAAUUUGUUCUGAUUUCAGAUCACUGGAGGCGUGCAUUAUUUAAUGAAUGAAUGAAUGAAUGAGUACAGAAUGAGGGAAGGGAACUUCAAAUGCAAGUUGGAUUUGUGAACCCAUCAUCAUAGCCAAUACACAGAUUUUAAGUAGCAUUUUGAACUCCAACCUCUUGUUGUCUUUUUCACACCACUUGCUGCAGAAAUUCCCCGCUAGAAUGUGAAAAUGCUAUCAAACCAUAGGACACGAGAAUGGGAACCCCAAACGGAAUGGCGGGGUGUCAAAUCCAGAUAUCAGAAUGCUUGCUAGGAUUCCCCUGCUAACUCUGCCUUGGAAGCUCAUGGGCCUCUCUUUUGGUGUUUCCGGCCACAGUCCUCAAAUAGACUUUCAAUUUUGUUAUAAUGGAUAUAAUUUUAUGUAUAUAGAGCACUAGAAUCCUGUACAGAAUCUUUAUUUCUACUGUGCGCUUGUUUGAGGAGAGUUCUCCUAAUUUUGGUUAAUUACACUGCUGCCUGUAAGCUCCACAGCUUCGCCUCCCAAUCGCUCUCACUGAUCACUGUUUGUGUUGAUGUCAUGCCGUGGACAUGUAUGCAAGACUGAGCAAUAGUUAGAGGUGCCUUGGGUCAGAGUACUCUGAUCACACAGACCACACAGACCGACAGCUCCAGCAGACCCUUCCACACCUGCACGCCCUGCCCAAAGCGGAACGCUUCUGCGUGAAGGGUAAUGCACCACGUCUCCUGCCCAGACUGAGAGCUGAGCACACCGGCCUGUGAGCCAUGCCUCCCUCCCCAGACACUUUGUGUCUCUCAGGGCUGUUGACCUCUCCCCUCUGGCAAGGCAAAGCGUGGCACCCUUCAUGAUCAGAGGAACCAAGUGGUACAUGAGCUGAGAUUUCUGUUGGGUUUAGUAAGUGAGCAGGACAGUUGGGCCCUUCUUUUCCUGGCUAGCAUAAAGCAUCCUCAGCUUAUGCUAGGUCUGUCUCCUUGCUCCUAUUUUGCUUAAACGAGUUGACAGAGAUCUGCAGUCUUAGCAGACUGAUGAUGGAGAAGGGGCGGUCACUUCCCUGACUUCCUUCUGGCCCAGAUAUGCAGCCCCAGUCAUCAAACUCCAGCUGAAGCUCUCCAGUCUAUCCCUACUCCAGCCGACAUAACCGUAUCAGAGCACUGCAUACGUACACUUGGGACACAGUCCCCAACUUAGAAAGUUCUAGGAGGGGGGUCUGUGGUCUUUGUGUGUAUUAUCUGGCUACUGAACUCUCUUUUCUGUAUACAGCAGGCAUUCCUAAAUGCAGACUGACAGACAGGAGGUGGCAUACAAUAGGAAAGGGGGUGCUUCUGUAGAGGUCCUGGGGCGCGAUGGCUGAGUCCAGGUUACAGAGCCUGCCUGCCCCUCACCCUUAGAAUGUUAUUUAGACCAAGUUUAGCUUCUAAUUAGCGUCCAGGUCUGGUUAACCGCCAGGGUAGCAAAGAAUUGCAUGCACGGAUAUUAAACAGGAGUCAAAAUGCAUUAUUAUUAAUCGAAGACCGAAUCUCACAUUGUAGUGAUGUAAUCGUGUGAUUAGGCUGCGAAGUACGUACGCUGGGGAAUGGCGUAAGUGGGUGGCUAGUCUAAAUGUUGUUGGUCAUAAUAUCAUACCAGCUCUCAUCUGUUUGAAUUGUGGAACAGUAUCCUACGAUCUCAGCCGCUGGGAGUCUUGUUCACUACAAGGUAGAGCCGAACGACACAGAGCUGCAGCCGCCCGCAACUAGACAGGACGGCAUCUGCAAACUCUGUCUGUCUUCAGAGAUUCUAAUAAAGAGAAACUGAAUUUCACGUGGCCGCAACUAGACAGGACGGCAUCUGCAAACUCUGUCUGUCUUCACAGAUUCUAAUAAAGAGAAACUGAAUUUCAC